GAGUCAGAGUGUGUCACCACCUUUGCCCACCAGACUGUGGAAUAUGAAAUUGCCCCUGACCGAGCGGUGACUCCCCUGGAACGAAGAGGUUUGUGGAGGUGCCUCGUUCAACAGCGGCACGACCGGACUCGAGUCUGCUGCAGAUCCAGCUACCCAAGCCUCAGGUGCCCGCCGAGAGCUCCCGGCUGCCGUCUCGUACGGCAAUAAAAGAGUUUUUUUCCGCUGCUCCGAUACUCCGAGCAGUAACCGCAGAGGCUUCGGGGGGUAGAUGAGAGUCCACAGCUGCUGCAGCGGUGGUGACACAGCCAUCCUAUGUCACGAAUCAUAUGGUUAUGAGCUUUAGGGUAUCAGAAUUACAAGUUCUCUUGGGCUUUGCUGGAAGGAACAAAAGUGGAAGGAAACACGAACUUCUCACGAAGGCGUUGCAGCUGCUGAAAUCUGGCUGCAGCCCGGCCGUCCAGAUGAAAAUCAAAGAGCUGUACCGGCGGAGGUUCCCCAGGAAGAUCUUGACCCCUUCGGACUUGUCGAUGCUCCACAUCCAGGCAGGGCAGCUGCCCCCGGCCGCCGCGCUGCCGCAGGGCACGGUGUGUCACCUGCCCUACGACCACGGCUCCGCCGCCGCGCCGGGGGCUCUGCUGCCGCCGGUGCCCGUGCUGGGCCCCAAGCACGAGUCGGACGUCCAGCACCUCUCGCCCCCCGUCCACCCCGUCCACCCGGACGUCAAGAUGAAGAGGCUGCCCUUCUACGACGUGUACGAUGAGCUGAUAAAACCCACCACGUUAGCCUCGACGAACAGUCAGCGGUUUGAAGAAGCUCACUUCACCUUUGCUCUGACCCCCCAGCAAGUUCAACAGAUCCUCACCUCCCGAGAUAUCCUACCAGGUGCCAAAUGUGAUUACACUAUACAGGUGCAAUUAAGGUUUUGCUUGUGUGAAACCAGCUGUCCCCAAGAAGAUUACUUCCCUCCUAAUUUAUUUGUCAAGGUCAAUGGAAAACUCUGUCCCCUGCCUGGUUACCUCCCGCCCACGAAAAACGGCGCCGAGCCGAAACGACCCAGCCGCCCCGUCAACAUCACCCCCUUGGCGCGACUGUCGGCGACCGUCCCCAACACGAUCGUCGUGAACUGGUCCUCGGAGUUCGGCAGGAACUACUCCCUGUCGGUGUACCUGGUGAAGCAGCUGACGUCGGUGACGCUGCUGCAGAAGCUGAGGGCCAAGGGCAUCCGAAAUCCCGACCACUCGCGGGCCCUGAUCAAAGAAAAACUAACAGCUGAUCCCGACAGCGAGAUAGCUACGACGAGCUUACGGGUUUCCCUGAUGUGCCCGCUGGGUAAGAUGAGGCUGAUUGUGCCCUGCCGAGCCAUCACGUGCACCCACCUCCAGUGCUUCGACGCAGCGCUCUAUCUCCAAAUGAACGAGAAGAAGCCCACGUGGACGUGUCCUGUGUGCGAUAAGAAAGCCCCCUACGACAACCUGAUCAUCGACGGGUUGUUCAUGGAAAUCCUGAACUCCUGCACGGACUGUGAUGAGAUACAGUUCAUGGAGGACGGCUCCUGGUGCCCCAUGAAGCCGAAGAAGGAGAACCAGGAGGUGUGCCAGACGUCCGCGUUCACCGGGAUCGAGGCCAGCUCCCUUUACACCGUGAGCUCCGAGGGCAAGAACUCUGCGGAGGGCAAAAAAAAAGUGGAGGUUAUUGAUCUCACUCUGGACAGCUCGUCGGAUGAGGAGGAGCCGCCUGCCAAGAAGCAGUGCCCCGUCUCCAGCGUGGCUCUUCCGACAGCGGCCGGGCCCAAGGGGGUAUUAAGUAUCGAGCACCAGCCGUCUUCCGUGCUCCGGAGCCCUCCCAUGGCAGCUCUUGGCAGCGACUAUCUCUCCAACCUCCCCAUCCCCGACUACCAUCCGCCCUACCAGGUGCCCUCAGAGCUUCAAGGUCUGGAUUUGUUUUCCUUCCUUCAAAGUGAAAAUCAGCACUACAGCCCCUCCGUCAUCACCUCCCUGGACGAGCAGGACGCGCUCGGCCAUUUCUUCCAGUACAGAGGCGCCUCCGGCCACUUCCUGAACGUGACCCCCCUGGCCCCGGUGCUGGCAGGCUCGCCCAGCGCCAGCGGCCGCAUCAGCAGCAUCGUCUCCCCCGCGGGGCUGCGCGAGGGCCACGGCGGGACGGCCGCCGGCGGGGCGGCGCUGCCGGGCUGCCGGCCGGACAUCAUCUCCCUGGACUGAGCCCCCACCCCACCCCAGUGCCGGGGUUGGGGGGCGCGGGGGGGUCCCCAGGAGCUGCCUUAGGGGUUGGCUUCCCUUGGCGGGGGCACUGGGCUGCCUCUCUCCUGGGGGGGGGGGGGGGGGGGGGUGUGACGCCGUCUCCCCGCCGCGCUUGGGAAGGAUCCGUCCCACGGCCCCGGCGCAGCGCGCUGGGGCGGGGGGGGGUGGGUGGGAUUUAACCAAACCUCCCGCUUUUCAACUGGUUUUACAACCAGUUGCGUGACGGAGGAUUCAGCCGGCGAAGGGCUGAGGAGGAGGAGGGUGGUUGGGCCUGCGGCGGGGGCAGCGCCCGCUUCCCAGGGGCGGAGGGGCCCGGGCUUCCCCCCCACCCCGCCCCAGACCCCACGUGCAGCCCCACAGGCGAGGCUGGGGGUGCCCCGACCCCCCCCCCCCCGGAAAUUCUGCCUCAUUUUUUAGGGGAGGUGGCAGCGGGGGGAAGAGCAGCCGCGAGCGGGGCCGCCCGUGCCGGUGCCUCCUGCCUGUCCCUCUAGCGACAGCGCUGGCUCAGUUGUAAUUACGAUGUUUUGGUCUUUUUUGUCUUUUUUUUUUUUUUUUUUUUUAAAUAUGUAGAUUUGUUUCCCUCCUUUUAAAUAUUUCCAGCGCAGACCUGUACAGAGAACAAAUAGAUGAUCUAUAUUUUCAGUUGCAGCUUUUGUACAUAGAAAACUCCAAAGACUCCCCCUUGUUUAUCCACGCCAGGACUCAAUGAAGGUUGCGUUGUUUCCGGGGACGACGCCUUGCCCGUUGCACAAAUUAUUUAUGUAUUUAACUGUGUAUUUCAGCUGGGAACCCCUCCAGGGCCGUAGCUGCGGCUCUGGGAGGCUCCAGCCCGGCUCCCUGCUGCCACACUCGCCUCCUCCCUCCCGCAGCGCCGGGCCCCUGCGCCCUGCGGCUCUGGAGCGCCCAGAGGGAAUCACGUGUAGCAAUUUAUUAUUUUUUAGCACCUUUUUUGUUUGUUUUGUUUUUGUUUUUAACUGCUCCUUCACUGAAAUCGAAAAUUGGGAUGAGGGGAGCAGCGCACAGUAUUCUGCUUGGAUGAUUUUUCUAGUUCUUGUAUCGUAACCGCGGUGAAUAUUUCAAUGCAAUAAAGCUGUUCAAUCCCGA